UGUGCGCAUGCGAUAACGCGCAGGCUCGACGUGAGAGUCGGAGAGUCGCGCUUGAGGGCGGCUGUAUAAAAGUCCGCCCAGCAUCUACUUUUUGAGUAACUAUUUGCGUGUUUCUUCACUGAAGUGACGGAAGGCGGCGUCUCGCCAUCUACACCUGGCAACAUACGCGCGGCUCCUUUCACUGGACCUCCUCUAAAGACUGAAGACUCCUCCUGCUGACAACCUGACAUGAAGUUCAAUUUACUUGGCACCGUCGUCAUUCUGCUUGUUGCCUUCUUACCGCGCUACGAAUGCCGGGCUAUUGAUGGUCCCGGUGGUUCCCUGCGCGUGCCAGCUCCACACAUCCAAGCCUCCUUGCAGGAGCAGCAGCAGGAGUCCAGACCCAUCCUGGAGCGGCUUGGUGAAGAGUAUUUCAUCCGACUGGGCAACGGAGAUUCGAACUCUUUCCUGUCGUCGCCAAUGUAUCCGGACAGAGCGCAACUCCAGCUGACGCGACGCCUUUUGCAAGGCAAAGUUGGCAACAUCAGAGCGCACAUAAGCGGCUUCGGAGACCGCGUGGAUGACUCGAUGGAGAGGGGAAGGAGGUCCGACGACCCGCCGAUAUCGCUGGAUCUGACCUUCCACCUGCUGCGUGAGAUGAUGGAGAUGUCCAGGGCUGAACAGCUGGCCCAGCAAGCGCAAAAUAACAGAAGAAUGAUGGAGCUAUUCGGGAAAUAAAUGCUCCUUUCCACGUCUCCAAAGAUCUGCCUAGUCCUUUCUCUUCUUUUUUGUUUGUUUUUUGCCAUUAGCACAAAAAGUGCUCUGUACUAUAUCGUGCAGCUGUCAUUCUUUUAUAUUUAUUCUCAAACAGGGUUUGACUUCAUUCUGCAUUCUUUUAACACAUAAUAUUGGCAUAUAAAAAACUAUGACUCGCUGUAUUUAUUAUAUUUAUGUUUGUAAAUAAAAUAAUGUGCAACCAGU